UCCGUGGUCACGCUGGAUGGAGGCAAACUCAUCCAUGUGCAGAAGUGGGACGGGAAGGAGACAUCGCUGGUCCGGGAGCUGAAGGACGGGAAGUUAAUCCUAACACUCACCAUGGGCAGCGUUGUCUCCACCCGCACCUACGAGAAGGCGACAUAG